AUUCUAGUGACAGUCAGUAAGUGGUGGCCAAGCCAGCUAAGAACCAGACAACCCAGAGAAUGAGGAAGGUCGACCAGCAGGCCAAAGCUCCCGUGAAGAGGGACUCCCAUCUGAAGUUAAUGGAAGGUGAAAGGGGUUCUGACAAUAUGCCCUCCAAGUGGGGGAGACCAGGAUUUCCAUCGGCGGCUGAGGGAAUUCUCCAAGUUGGUGUCCAACCGGAAUCUCCAGAGUCUGAUUCCCGUUAGAAGGACAAGAGGCAGUAGGGACGGGAAUUUCCAUUCCCAAACCAGGAUCCAAGGAGCCCACAGCACCCUUGUGAAGUAGACUCAAACCAUGAAUUACGUGGGGCAGUUGGCGGGCCAGGUGUUCGUCACCGUGAAGGAACUCUACAAGGGGCUGAAUCCUGCCACCCUGUCCGGAUGCAUUGAUAUCAUCGUCGUCCGCCAGCCCAACGGGAGCCUCCAGUGCUCGCCCUUCCACGUGCGCUUUGGGAAGAUGGGGGUCCUGCGCUCCCGAGAGAAAGUGGUUGACAUAGAGAUCAACGGGGAGUCCGUGGAUUUGCACAUGAAAUUGGGAGAUAACGGAGAAGCAUUUUUUGUUCAAGAGACUGAUAAUGAUCAGGAGGUGAUCCCCAUGUACCUGGCCACCUCCCCUAUCCUGUCGGAGGGAGCCUCGCGCAUGGAGUGUCAGCUGAAAAGGAACUCUGUAGACAGGAUCAGAAGCCUGGACCCCAGCGCGUCCACCCAGGCCUUACCUCCCAGUGAGGCUGCUUCGAGCAGCUCUUUAGUGAAGAAGAGAAGGAAAAGGAGGAGAAAGUCCCAGCUGGACACCCUGAAAAGAGAUGACAACAUGAACACAUCUGAGGACGAGGACAUGUUUCCCAUAGAGAUGAGCUCGGAUGACCAGGCUGACCCCCUGGACGGUAGCAGAACUCUUCCUAAUGAUAUACCUGUAUUCCAAGAAGAUGUUUCUAAGGAAAGCCCUUCCCCCAUCAUGACUUACCCUCAGUCAGCAUCGUACCCUAAUUCUGAUAGAGAGUGGUCACCCAGCGCCAGCCCGAUAGAUUGCCAAAGGACUGCCCCCUGCCUGGCAGUUGCGGCCGAGGGAGGCCUCUCUAGCUCUUGCCCUCCACAGUCUUCCCACUUCCAUGCUUCGGAAAGUCCUUCAGGUUCUCGACCUUCAACACCUAAAAGCGAUUCAGAAUUGGUCAAUAAGGCCACCGACAGGGCGAUGCAGAAGAGUAACCUGGAGAUGCUCUGGCUUUGGGGAGAAUUACCGCAAGCGGCAAAGUUACCUCCGCACAAGAUGAAAGACUGCAGCCCAUUAAACAGUAGAAAAAUCUGUGAUAAGAUACACUUUCAGGCCAUCCAGAGUGAGUCUUCGGAUGCGUUUAGUGACCAGUCGCCAACCCUGGCCAGGCCUCCCGUGCUGCCCGAUCCGGAGCCGGGCAAGCCUCCCACGGAGAUGCAGUUUGUGAAUGAAGAAGAUGUUGAGGCCUUGGGGGCGGCAGCCCCGCCUCUGCCUACGAUCGAAGAACCUAAACCCCUCUCUGCCAGCGUAGCCCCGACAGCAAGCAAGAUGGAUUCUCCUUCCAGGAAAAAAGACAAACGAAGCAGGCAUCUGGGGGCUGAUGGCGUCUACUUGGAUGACCUCACAGAUAUGGACCCUGAAGUGGCUGCCCUGUAUUUUCCCAAAAACGGGGAUCCUUCCGGGCUGGCCAAACACACCAGCGACAACGGAGCCCGGUCAGCCAACCAGUCCCCGCAGUCCGUGGGCAGCUCUGGCAUCGACAGCGGCGUGGAGAGCACCUCGGACAGCCUGAGGGACCUGCCGUCCAUCGCCAUCUCCCUGUGCGGGGGCCUCAGCGACAACCGGGAGAUAACCAAAGAUGCAUUUCUGGAACAAGCCGUGUCGUAUCAACAGUUUGUGGACAACCCGGCUCUCAUCGAUGAUCCCAAUCUCGUGGUGAAGAUCGGGAAUAAAUAUUAUAACUGGACGACAGCGGCGCCCUUGCUCCUGGCAAUGCAGGCCUUCCAGAAACCUUUGCCAAAGGCCACUGUGGAAUCUAUCAUGAGGGAUAAGAUGCCCAGAAAGGGAGGAAGAUGGUGGUUUUCAUGGAGGGGAAGAAAUACCACAAUCAAAGAGGAGAGCAAGCCGGAGCAGGGCUUGGCUGGGAAGAGCCACAGCACCGGGGAGCAGCCGUCGACGCUCGGCAUGGCCACCAGAAUAAAGCACGAAUCGUCCUCCAGUGAUGAAGAGCACACAGCUGCCAAGCCACCAAGCGCAAGCCACCUCCCUCUGUUGUCCGGAGUCAGCUACAGGAAGACCCUGCGGCUCACUUCCGAGCAGCUGAAAAGCUUGAAGUUGAAGAAUGGCCCCAAUGACGUGGUGUUCAGCGUGACCACUCAGUACCAAGGCACGUGUCGCUGUGAGGGCACCAUCUACCUGUGGAACUGGGACGACAAAGUCAUCAUCUCGGACAUCGAUGGGACCAUCACCAGAUCUGAUACUCUUGGCCACAUUCUGCCCACCCUGGGCAAGGAUUGGACCCACCAGGGCAUCGCUAAGCUGUACCAUAAAGUGAGCCAAAACGGCUAUAAGUUUCUCUACUGUUCUGCGCGGGCCAUCGGGAUGGCAGACAUGACAAGGGGCUACCUGCACUGGGUCAACGAGAGGGGCACGGUGCUGCCUCAGGGGCCCCUGCUGCUGAGCCCAAGCAGUCUCUUUUCGGCCUUGCACAGAGAAGUGAUUGAGAAGAAGCCAGAGAAGUUUAAAGUCCAGUGUUUGACAGACAUCAAAAACCUGUUUUUUCCAAAUACAGAACCCUUUUAUGCUGCUUUUGGAAACCGACCGGCUGAUGUGUAUUCAUAUAAGCAAGUAGGAGUGUCUUUGAACAGAAUAUUUACCGUCAAUCCCAAAGGAGAGCUCGUACAGGAACACGCAAAGACCAACAUCUCCUCGUACGUGAGACUCUGUGAAGUGGUUGACCACGUUUUCCCAUUGCUGAAAAGAAGCCACUCUUCGGACUUCCCCUGCUCAGACACUUUCAGUAACUUUACCUUCUGGAGAGAGCCACCGCCCCCUUUUGAAAACCAGGAUAUUCAUUCCUCCUCAGCCUAAGAUGUUGCCGGCAGCCUCCUGACGUCAUGUGAAGACCGGCGCCCCCGAUUAAAGGAUAGGCCUUGGGAGCCAUGGAGCAGGAGCUCAGUAGCCUGGUGUGCGGUCAUUUGCUUAAGAGCAAAGGAAUCUGAGGGGCAUUUCUCUCCCUGCCCCAUGCCCCGGGGUGGACAUUUCUAAGUGGGAUGUGAGUGGCGCACUUUAGAGGCCGCGGGUGCGUUGAGGGCGGGAAGGAAUCCCUAGGUGGCGGCUGCAAGCCAGUCGCCGCGCCGCCCUGCCUGUCCCCUCUCGCAGUUCCUGCCUGGUUCCUGUGCCGAGGUGGCUGCUGGGGGUUCCCUGCCGAUGACCGUUCCGCUGAGGCACACCCGAUGCAUGGGACAUGGCCGAGGGGGCCCGUUU